AUGCGCAGUCUGACGGCAGCAGCGACGGCGCCUCCAGCAGCCCAUCCACAUAGCGCAGCCAACGUCUAUCAGCAACAGCAGCAGCAGCAGCAGCACCUCCUUCAGCAGCAGCAGCAGCAGCACCUUCAGCAGCAGCAGCAGCAGCACCUUCAGCAGCAGCAGCAGCAGCACCUUCAGCAGCAGCACCUUCAGCAGCAGCAGCAGCAGAUCAGCUGGACCAGUGCCAGCUAUCGACGUCAUCAUCUGGCCCAAGCCCAAGCUCAGCUGCAGCAGCAGGCGACGGCGCAGUUAGCGCCGCCGCAGCAGCAGCUGUCGCCGCGCGGCCAUCAUCAUCCAGCACACUAUCAGCCGACGGCGCUGCUGCCGCCGCCACCACUGCAGUCGGCAGCGGCAGCGGCAGCAUUGGCGCAACAACAGCGCGUGCACUAUGCAAACAGUCAGCAUUACGGUGAUCCGACGUCGGCAGCGGCAGCAGCAGCAGCGGCCGCUGCGGCAGCCGCAGCUGCGCAUCACUAUGCAAGCGGCGCAGGCAGCGGCGCUGGCGCUGGUCAUGGUUACUACUGA